CUGGCACUAUUCGCGCGCUAUUUAAAAAGGACAGUGGUAUUUUUCCUCGCUGAGUAAAUUUCAUUGUUUUGAUCGUUUAUUACGUAUCAAGACUACUGUUUUUCACUUUAAUUGAAUUUAUUUCAGUUAAAGUAUUUGACUAAAGUAUCGUUUUUACUGUUUUGUCGUUGGUACUCUUUAGUACCUCUUUUUCAACUGUAUCUGUUAGUACUUUUGGUCCUAGCAAUCUACAGCUCUUCACUUUUUUGGUCAUUGAUAAUUUUUUGUUUCUGGGUAUCAUCGCAUAUUGAAAAACCCCUCCCAAAUGACCGGACAGUGUAAAAAAGCAGUUGCCAACGUCCGGGUUGUCGUUAUCCUGUUGAAAGCGGCAUGCAGUGCGACGAGUGCAAAGGCUGGUACCACGAAGUUUGCACGAACUUAACGCCUGCUGCUUUCAAACGGUUCAGUAAGAAGGGUUGUGUGUGGCUUUGUCAACAGUGCUGCUCGGAUGCAAACAGCUUGUUAACCGAGGCCAUCUCACUGGUUGAUGCUGCAAAGAAGUGUUUUAGCAAGCAUAGUCGGAACGCGUCAAACAGCACUCGGUCUGUCGACACGCAAAUCAACGUGAAGGAAACUAAGGUUAGUUCGAUGAUAGAUGACUCAUGCCCGUCAAAGAAGGAAAAGCAAUCUCCAAAGGGACCUGACUCAAACAAAGGCUCAAGAAAAGUAGGGUCUUCUGUUCCCCGUCUCCCAGAUGGGAUCCAAAAGGAAACACCUAGAAGCCGCAAUCGCAAGGCUCGAUCGGUUUCAAAUGGCAAACAUAACACGACCCCUCAGGUCGUCGACAACCCCCCAAAACCCAACACUAGGUUUGACGCAACUGCUAUUGCUUCUACCAGCACCGUUGACGAAUGGGUACAGGUUGUAAGGAAGAAAAGUAGGGAUAUAAAAUGGAACCCUGCCCCCGUAAAAGUGGUUGAAAAAUCGAAAGCUGAUCAUAGCGACAGAUCAGCUAUUUUUCCUAGAAUUAAGGAGAGCGAUAGCUCUGAACCUAAAGCUCGUUUUGAGCAUGACAUUGUACUGAUUAGGCAGCUGCUUAAUCAACUCAUGCCUCAAAAUAUGACUGGGGUCACCUUGCUAAAGGUGUAUAGACUAGGGAGUCUAACGGACUCGAAACCAAAUCAUUCCAGACUGCUUAAAGUAGUAUUCGGCUCUUCAAACGAACGUGACCUAAUUUUACAAAAUGGACACAAAUUAAAGGGUUCAGGAGUCUUUAUCCGAAAGGACCUACCGUUGGCAGACCGUGUUAAAAGACGGGAAGCCGAGAAAGAACUACAACAUAGGUUAGACGCCGGCGAAAAGGACCUGAAAAUUGUAAAUUUUCGGGUUGUAAGACUUCGACAGAGAAUGAUGCCGAAGCCACUCUGGGUGAAGCACGAAGGCACUUAAAUAGGCUUCCGAUCUGCUACACUAAUGCCCGGAGCUUACUUAAUAAGCGAUGGGAACUAGGUGUACAGAUUGACUCUAUAAAGCCAAAUAUAAUCGCAGUAACAGAAACCUGGCUGACACAGGCUAUGGAUAGUAUAGAACUUGAUUUCGAGGGCUUUACGUUAGUAAGGGCCGACAGAACACAAAAGCGCAAAGGAGGGGAGUAGCUCUAUUCAUUAGGAAUGCUAUCCCAUUUACCAUUAUCGAUAGUGUAUCCCAUGAGAGUGGGACGUGUGAAUUAGUUAGUCUUCGCUUAAAAUGCAAGGGACAAGAGCUGCUGAUUGGUUUGGUCUAUCGCAGUCCAAGCUGUGAGGCAAAUGAGAUCCUGUUAAGCAGUCUCAAUACUUGGUCCCAAAGUGGUCGAUGUCUAAUGCUAGGGGACUUUAAUGCACCUAUGGUAGACUGGGAAAAUCUGCGAACUGAAUCGUCAGAAAAUUCCUUCGAGCAGGAACUAGUUGAUGCGGUUAUCACAUGUGCCCUAGUGCAACAUGUGAAAGAAGCGACUAGGUACGACCCGGACACUGAAUCAUCCUUAUUAGAUCUUAUACUGACUCACUAUGAGGAUGAUGUUGCGAACCUCCACCAUAUGCCACCCUUAGGUAAAAGUGACCACGCAGUUUUAACUUUCGACUUCCAUAUAACUGCCAGUCAUGAGGACGCGUCAGUCCAGUCCAGACCCAACGUCUGGAAAGCAAACAUACCAGACAUCAUGCACUCAGCAUCGUUAAUAGAUUGGACAAUAGACCCAGAGUGCUCCAUUGAAACGGCCUGGGACGCAUUUCGAAAAUCAUACUUAAAAGUUACCACACCUCACACCAAAGGGGCCGAAAAACUCCCCACCAUGGUUCAGUAGGGAGGUCCGUAUCCUUCUCCGUAAGAAAAGGAAAACGUGGGAUAGAUUUAGGUUACUGGGAACUGAUGAAACUAAAUCCCAGUAUAGAAAAGUCCGGAAUACCUAUGCCUCGACCCUCCGUAAGUCUAGAAAAUUGUACGAAGAAAAACUUGUUAAGGAAUCCAUAGAAUGUCCUAAACGUUUGUAUUCUUAUAUAAACCAAAGGACAAAGAGAAGAGGAAAUAUUCCUGCUCUAUGGGGAGACAGUACUGCCGCGUCACUGGUGGAGGACGACUUUGGUAAGGCUCAAGUGUCCUCAAACUACUUCAGCAAUGUAUACACCAUAGAAGCACCCUUCCCAUCAGCACAUACAGAUCCCCCCACACAUACACUGGAUAGCGUGACCAUUAAAGAACUCGAUGUCUUUGGUCUGCUAAAUAAGCUUGACAUAGGUAAAUCCACGGGGCCCGAUGAAUUACAUCCUAGGCUACUGAAGGAAUUAUCUAACUUCGUUGCGAACCCUUUAAGUACAUGCUUUAACCUAUCCGUUACGCAGGGUCGCUUACCGAAAGAUUGGAAAAACGCCAUAGUAAGUCCUGUCUUCAAAACAGGCACGAAACACAAACCUGAGAACUACCGCCCCGUUAGCCUCACUGGUGUGGUUGUUAAAAUCUUAGAAAAGAUUGUUCGGAAGGAGCUGUUUAAGUAUCUCGAUAAAAACCGGAUCCUCUCGGAGAAGCAGCAUGGCUUCAGAAUAGGUUACUCUUGUCUCACUAACUUAUUAGUGGCUCGUGAAAGCUGGUGUGCUCUUAAGGACCAGAAGCUACCUGUAGACGUCGCCUUCAUUGAUUUCAGUAAAGCUUUUGAUAAAGUUCCGCACAACCGGCUGUUAUAUAAGUUAAGACAUAUCGGGAUUGGAAGUAAUUUAUUGAUGUGGAUAAAAGACUUCUUAGUUGGGCGUCAACAAAGAGUAAGGGUGAACUCAAAGUUAUCUAGCUGGGAAACUGUGCUUAGUGGAGUGCCCCAGGGUACAGUUUUGGGGCCAGUGCUAUUCCUCUUGUAUGUAAAUGACCUUCCUUGUCUCCUAUCAUCAUCGGUCUUGCUAUAUGCUGACGAUGUCAAGAUAUGUGGAAUGAUACGAUGUGAGGGUGAUAGCUUAGAACUUCAAAAUGACCUGAAGAAGUUAUCUGAAUGGUCUCAAACAUGGCAGUUGCCGAUAAAUACUUCCAAGUGUGUUGUGAUGCAUAUCGGUCAUCAAGGCACAGAUACAAACACGAUAAAUAACACUGAGCUACAUAAUGUCCAGACACAUAAUGACUUAGGAGUUAUCGUUAGUCAAGACUUAAAGACUACUGCACACUGCCGUGCAAUAGCCGCCAAAAGUUUUAGAACGUUAUGGUAAAUACGUAGGGCUUUUAGUCAUGUCGACACUAAGACGUUUUUGACUUUGUAUACAGUGUUCGUUCGUCCUAAACUUGAGUACUGCAUACAGGCGGCUAGCCCCUGCUUUAAAAAAGACAGUGAGCUUCUGGAAAAGGUUCAGAGAACGGCGACUAAUCUGGUUCCCGCAAUAGCGAAGCUUCCGUAUGAAUCUCGACUGGCCAAGCUGAACCUUUUCCCGUUGUCAUAUCGCAGAACUAGAGGCGACUUGAUUACAGUUUUCAAGUUGCUUAGUGAUAAAUUUGCACCUAACAUGCCCUCAUUUUUCUUGUCUUCCAAAACAGAGAAUUAACAAGGACACUCCAAAAAAGUUCAUAAGCCCAGAACAAAUUACUUGUCAGCUGACUAUCGACUUUCCCAUCGAAUCAUCAACGAGUGGAAUUCACUACCUCAGCACGUGGUUGAGGCUCCAUCCGUCGACUCUUUCAAAAGAAAGUUGUAUGAACUGAGAGACCACCAUUGCCAGGACUAACAUAGGCCAUCGAGUCUCCUGUCCUUCCCAAACUGAAACUGAAACUGAAUCCUAAUAUAGACUGGACAUUACAAGAAAGCCUGAAGCUGUGUUGCCAUUUUCCUGUGCUGCAGAAGGCAUGGUUUUUCUUGGAAGCUGCACCGUGCGAGUAAAGCUUGACUUUAAGGACUAUCCAGUGGUUGAUGUGCAUAUCUGUUCUCGGUAGCAACGGCCCAGGGAACGAUUUAUGGGGCAGUCUUGUUCCUUCUAUCGGGACACCUCAGAUGACACAGCAGGCGAGUAGAAAAGUGAAGAUCGAACAAAAUACCCGUGGCAUACAGGUUUUCACACUAAGUCAUCAAUACUUGGAACCUGCCGCCUGAAGCAUUGGUGUCCGCACCUUCAAUUGACUCUUUCAAGAGAAGACUGGACACUCACAGAAGUGCUCUUUCAUCAUUCUCAACCAGUUAUCUUGUUCAGUUGUGCAUACUACCCAAGCGCCGUUUCGGCGCAUGUUUUUUGUGCCAAAUUUUGCUUUUAGUUCACGUCAUGUUACUUUAGCUCACUUCGCCAGCUUCCCGUUAUUGCUAUUUGUGGAGCCACUGGGACUGGGAAAUCGAAACUAGCAGUAAGCCUCGCCAAUGUUUUCGGAGGUGAGGUCGUCAAUUUCGAUGCUCUCCAAUUGUAUAGUGGGAUAGAUAUUGCAACAAACAAAAUAUCACAUGUCGAGUGUUUAGAUGUCCCACACCAUCUUAUAGGGAUCUAUCCUCCAGAAUUCGGACAUAGAUAUGAUGUUCAUUCAUAUCGAGACAUCUGUUUACCGCUGAUUGAAAAUAUAAGAAAUAUCAGGAAAAAGUUACCUAUUCUUGUUGGUGGGACUCAUUAUUAUUUGGAGGCUAUUUUAUGGCAAGAUUUUCUAGCUUCGAAACGUACUAUUUUCGAUGCAACAAGUGGAUUCGAUAGUGAAGUUUCUUUUGGGCAUCCAUUAGAAUGCUAUGAUCUUUUGCGUACUCUGAAACCAGAUGUAGCCGCACAAUUGCAUCCGAAUAAUGUGCGUAAAGUAAAGAAAGCACUUCUCGAUGUUCUGAAAGGAUCUAUUCAGACUAAAACACAAACUGAAUUGAAUGAAAAUGUAGAUUUGGGAAAACAAGUGUUAAAUCGAUCUAUUAAACCUCGAUAUCCUGGAGAGUCGCUCAUAUUAUGGCUGGACUGUGCUUCCGAUGUUUUGAAUACUCAGUUGAAUAAGCGGGUGAAUAGAAUGUUGGAUUCCGGGUUAGUUGAUGAAUUGGACACUUUUCUUGACAAGGUGAAUGUUUUGCCAGAUAGAUUCAGUGAGACUGAAACAUCUGAUACGUCAGACAUUGCAAAACGAACUCGAGUGGAAAAAUUAAGGGCAUUGUUUGCUCAAGAGUUGGAGUCAGUCUCAGAUCCUAUGACUCGUUGUGGCCUACUUCAAAGUAUCGGACUCAAAGAAUUUUCAGAUUAUUUAGCUUUAUUACCAAAAGAACGUGACACUAUUGAGGCAAAUACUCUUCUGAAGCAAGCAACAGAGAAUGUUAAAACAGCCACUCGACAGUAUGCACGUCGUCAGGUUUCUUGGAUUAGAAAUCGAUUUUUACGACGUCCUGUAGAAGGUAGCAUUCCUGUUUAUCGUAUAGAUGUGACAGAUUUUUUAAACUCUGAAUCUCCAGAUAUUUGGAAUAAGACAAUUAUUGCACCAACUGUACGCUUAGUCUACAAUGAAUUAAUAAAAAUAAAUGAUUUACUCUUUGAAAACUUGAAAAACAAUGAUUAUCUAAAAAGUUUACUUGAUAUUUGUCCUGAAAAUUCUUGUCCUAAAGCAGAAUCAUUACUUUUGCCUAAAUCUUUUACUGAAUCAAACAAUAACAACAAUUCUCCAUUCAUUUGUUCAAUAUGUUCAAAUAGAAUAUUUACACAAAUCGAUGGUUGGGAAGCUCAUUUAAAAAGUAGAUCACAUCAGAAACGUGCAGCAAAAUAUAAGAAAAGAUUACUUAUCGAGAAAGCAAUGAAAAAUUUAUCAUCAUAAUAUUUUGUUAAAUAGAUAAUGUUUUGUAUAAAA